AUGAGGGAUCUCAACAUUGAACAGUGCUACAACUGUGCCUGCGACUACGUCCAGUUCUUCGACGGACCGUCCAACAGCUCCAGAUCCCUGGGACGUCAGUGUACCUUCGUUUACGGCAGCGUCGUCCAAAGCUCCACCAACGUUAUGAGCGUCCUGUUUUAUUCCAACAAGAAUUUUACCUACAGGGGCUUUAAGGCCACCUACAUCAUAAACGAUCUGCCCUUCGGCUCUACGUGCAGUAACGCGCUACAGUGUGAGAUAGGUCUGGACUGUGAGGACGAGACCUGCAGCUGCCCCAGACACCAGUACUACGAUAUGGCGGCCAACCAAUGUUGGGAUAAGCGCAUAAAAGGUUCACUCUGUAACGCUGAUGAAGAAUGUUUCAACACGAUGGUCUGCAUCCAGUGGUCUUGUGAGUGCACGGCAGACAAGUUCUAUAGCAAUGUUACCCUGACCUGUCAUAACAAGUUGGCUCAGGGAGAGAUGUGUAACAACUCAGUACCCGGCAUGUGCCAGUCUCCCAAUCUCGACUGUGUUCCUGAUGACGUAGGUGUGUACCGGUGUUUGUCCGAGAACCAGACGAGAAUCCCCGAGUGUCCACGAGAUCCGGGAGAACUAGAAAGUCUCCACAUUGAAGAAAAAGGCACCACAUUUAUCCUUCUAAAGUGGAAGCUGCUAAACCUGGAUCAAAACGUCACCAUCAGGGUCAACUGGUCAUCUGGUGGGAUGACCUCUGUAGACGGGGAGCAACUGGCCGGCCCGACGGGUACCAACAUCACAGAACUGACCCCUGGUCAGGUGUAUAAUUUUACCAUUCUAGCGUUGCUGGGAGACGGCACACAGAAGGCGGAUGUUUUGGUACUGCACAGUUUUGUUGAUGCCAUGCUUCCAGGCACACCUGGAGGAGACAGCUUUAGCAUCAGCCAUGUCCCGACCCCUUACACCAGUCAUAUCCUGACCCCACCCCCCAACACCGUCCUAACUCCUCCCUACACCCUAACCUUUCCCCCCUCCCCUGGCGUGGUGGAUCACUACCACAUCACCCUCACCAGCGCGUCGACCACCAGCUACCACCAGACCACCACCACCCGACUGGACUUGACCGGACUACGGCCGGACACGGCCCACGGUUACUCGGUCGUCGCUUACAACAGACGCGGGGAGUACAGCCGGCCUCUCACUGGGGUCUUUGUCACGGCGCCGGAAACAACGGCAUUACCUUUGGAUAUAUCAGAUGAUCACAUGGACUGGAAAAACGUGUUCAUCGUUGGGAUCGUGACUUCCGUCAUCUUCUGUCUGGCCAUCAGCACAUGCUGGUUGACGUCAUGGGCGCUCGGACGACGUAGGACACGUGACCAACAAAAAAUGGAGAGCAUCCAAAGCGAUGAGAAAACAUUUUGUAACGAGUUAUCUACGCGGUACUUGGAAGUCAAAGACAAUGAGUAUGACAAACCCUCUCGAACUGACUACGGUGAAGAGAAUCUUUACAGUACAACGGCAGGGACUCCGCAGUGUACAGGCAGGCGAACCAAAAGCUUAGCGAGAAAUAAACUAGGGGAAGUAAAUCACACGAUGACCUAUAACAACAAAGAAGAGUUAUACAAUACAGGGGAGAGAAACGAGUAUGUGCCACCUGAUACAACGUGUAAACAGGAAGAAAACAAAGAAGACAGGGAUGAUUAUUUAGAACCUGUCGUAAAACGCAAUCUGAUUUUACAAAAUAAUUCAAUCGAUAAAGUUUCUCCAAAAUUCAAGAACGAUAACUCUAAAAUACAAGAAAACAAAGGGCAGGUCAAUGAAUAUAUUUUACCAGAUUUGGACACUUACUUCACGAUAACAGAUUCGAUGGAGAAGAAAACCGACGACUUGAUGGAUGAGAAAAUACAGGAGCAGAACAUGAACAGUGACGUUGUGAAAACAGUCUCUUUAGUGUCUGAAAUAUAUUACAACAAAGAGUCCUCGUAA